UGCUGCGGCAUGUCAGAUGGAGAGUGACAGAGGCCCUACCGGAGGGCGGGGCUGGGUAUCGGGACCAGCGGGGGAGCGGUGCGGGACGGGGCCGUAACGGAUACGGCUUCCAGCACGGCGCCCAUACACCUAACUACACACGGUAACCCCUCCCCGUUCCAACAACUAUGGGGCGGGCAACGGGUCUGUGGUGGCCACUGAAACGUACCGGCUGUCAGAGCCUGGUUGGUGAUCAGUGGCGUCCUCUCGGAGCCCAUCGGCUGUUAGCUCCGAGACGAGAGAAUGCGGUCGAGGAGGCCGUUCAACUGACUACAUCACGUCGGGUGGUAUAGGAAAAUUGAUUUGUGGCGAAAUGCCAAUAUUAGUGCUGACCACACAUUAGGGACAUUGCCACGGUGCUCCCGCAACCAUUUUUAGUGCGCCCCUGGGGGUAGGAACCUGGAAAGGGCCUUGACCGUCACAGGCGGAGCCGACAGAAACAAAACAGAGGCAAAACGGCCCACAGUAUCGUGCAAAACAAUUCUGUAAUCCGCACUGCUGGCCAGCCCGUCAUCUGAGACACGAGGCCCCCGCAUUAUAUGAGGGCUAAUUGGAUUCACAUGACCGACAUUUUCCAGGCCCCAUUGCAAACAAUAGGUAGCAGUGCUCACCGGCUCAUGGGCCAAUGGCAGUUUUCCAAAAUCGUGAGUCUGUGGUCGCAGAGCCUCUGAAGGGCGACGCCGCACCGCAGUCACGGUAACCAGUAUCUAUCGACGUGCCAGCUCUAUACAGCCGCUGGGAGCAGCUGGCUGUUUGUAAACGAGGCACUGAACAACAAACCCGCACCAAGCAGCCCGAGGUGGAGGGAAAAGACCCAGAGAUAAAACCGCGGUGCAGCGGGCACAGCCUGCACAGCGGUGUCGACUAAGGCGGCGGGGGUGCCAGCGGCAGCUUCAGGAUAGACACAGUGGCAGUGACAGGGGCAGCGGCAGUAUGCCUCCAUCGAGCCGACUGAUCAUACAAGUUUCGGUUACAGCACUAAUGGCAGCUGCCAGUAAGUCCAGCGACCAAUGUAGCCCCCCCCCCCCAAAAAAAAACGCACAUCCACCCCCGAUGUUGCGUGUUGGUCGGGCCUAUUCGUCGAUCGGAGUUCCAAAAGCCCAGACCACCGCAGCUUAUUGAAAUGUACAGUCCUCUGCAAACUGCGUGGUAGGUAUUCUUUUUUCGACAAAAUUGAGAAUAUCGCGGAUACUAUGCUAUCGGUCACUCGGAAAUCGUAACAGCAAGACGCGCGAAACUCCGCACCUUAGAUGUGCAUUGCCAUCGUAUUCAUUUUCCAUCCAGUUUGGCAACAAAAACCAAAAGUUUGUAGUCGCCCCCAAAACAAACUUUUGCAUUUUGUUGCCACACAAAGCAUAUACUUUGUUUAGUGAUAGACCCAAUCGAAGGAGUGGAGCAUGCUGCCUUUAUUUGCAAUGAAUUCCGACCGACUGAUAACAUAGUCUUUGAGUUAUUACCGGUUUUGUCGAAAAAAGAAUGCCUACCACGCAGUCUGCUGAGGGCUGUACCUACCUUUUAUUGCUGGAUGCCGCGAGACUCAAGGCGCAUCAGUAGCUCAUCAAUGCCUAAUCUAAGGCAUUGAAUCUGCUUAAGUAAGGCAUUAAUCAAUACUAAUGCACGUGGUUGGUGACAACAACUUACGGAACUUUUAGGAUCUAGCUAAAAGACUCAAGGUGGAUCUCAACAGGGCCGUACCUAUCUUAGAUCGUCAUUAGGGGAAAAAUCAAAUCAUACCAAACAGUUACAAAAAAAUAUUCAAUUUGUUAUUUUCUCGGACCAAGCCAUAAAGUUCAUUUUCAUAUAAUUCCAGAAACAGGAGCUACUCGCUAUCACAUGAUCUAAUUCCAGAAAAAAGAGCUUCUCGCUAUCAUACGAUGUUCAAUCGAGCAAAUCUUAGACUGUGCUGGUCGCGGUGAUUACCUUCGAGCACUGUGCAUGUGUCAAGGAGAAGUCGCGUGAGUUCAGCGGCAAAACGCACGCAGAUAAUGGGGUAGGCUGAUGUAAAUAAAAAUCCAUGCUAUGUUUGUAUUGUAUAACCAGUGACCAAGUAAACAGGUUACUUAGCCAAGCCCAAUUGUGGUCAGAAAAAGAAGUGACCUCUCAUAUUCAAGGAGCAAAGAAGAUGGAAGCAGUGGGAAUUCUCGUUUUCAUGAAGCUGGUGCUGCUAGCCCAUUCGAUGCUGCCGGGACGACACAAGACGGACAUGUUCAAGGAGAGUGUCACCCGGGAGCUGGCUGCUGACGGCCAUCGGCUGCACACGCUGGUCUGUCCGGGUGCGCACAGCUUCACCCACCGCGACUACAUGCGCCGGCGGCGCCCCGUCAUGGCCGGCCACGCGCCCGCCGCCGACAUCUACCGGUGCUCCAAGGAGCUGGCGCCUCCCACCAACAUCUCCAUAUCGGCCCAGGUAUCGGACAUCAGCGCCGUCAACAAUGGCCAGGUCACCAUCUCGCUCUACCUGAGCUACUCCUGGGAGGAGCCGCGCUUCGCGCACAUGAACAACGUCUCCAAGCACGAGUACGUCGAGGUCGCCUCCACGAUCAAGGACAAACUGUGGCUGCCCGACCUGUACGUGCCCAACGCCGCGCUGGUCGUCAGCCCCGUCAUCUUCGUGCCCACCACCAACUUCCGCAUCUACAUGAACCGCACCGUGUUCGCCAACCAGUACAUGACGCUGGAGCUCUCCUGUCCGUUCAACUACCGCUACUUCCCGAUGGACACGCAGAUCUGCGACAUCGCCGUCAUGAGUUUCGGCUACUCGCCGUGCGAGCUGCAGCUGCUGUGGUCCGAGUACGAGCCGCUGAGCUACGCCGAGUCGGAGCUCACCCAGUUCUCCUACUACCUGGUGCGGCCCGAGAAGUUCUCGGCCGAGGAGCUGGGCUCCGACCUGACCGGACCGCUGGAGCGCUCCCAGGUACACAUGCACCUGGUGCUCGAGCGCAAGGCGCUCUUCUACGUGAUGCAGAUCUACAUCCCGUCGAUCCUGUUCGUGGUGGUGGCGUGGAUCUCGUUCCUGGUGCCGAUCGAGAUGAUCCAGGGCCGCAUGCUGCUCACCAUCACCACCAUGCUGACGCUGGUCGAGCUGUUCGCCGCCGGCAGCGAGUACCUGCCGCUGGCCAGCUACGUCAAGGCCAUCGACGUCUGGAUGUGCGUCUGCUCGUUCCUCACCUUCUACUCCGUGGUAGACUGCCUGGUGGACGUGUGGCAGCACGGGCGCGCCUCGCGGCGGGACGACACCAUCGGCACGUUCGUGCUCACCGGCCUGAUGCGCCGCCAGACCGUCAUGGAGAUCUUCCGCAAGAGCGUGGUGACGGAGCGGCGCCGGGCCGAGCGCGAGGAGGCAGAGGCCGACGAGGUGGAGGAGGUGGUGCGAGACCUGAGCCGGCUGCGCAGCGGCGACGAGCUCGACCAGGUGGGCGGCCUGCGCCAGAUCGUCCGCAACUUCGUCAGGGACGUGGCCAGCAACGGCAAGAAGAGCGUGUUCGGCUACCCGCUGUUCUUCGUGGUGUUCAACGCGGUGUACUGGUCCGUCUGCCUGGGCACCCAGCCGCCACUGCACGGCACCCGGGGCGUCGUCUACCAGAAGUGAGAGCACUGGGCCGUCUGCCUGGGCACCCAGCCGCCGCUGCACGGCACCCGGGGCGUCGUCUACCAGAAGUGAGAGCACUGGGCCGUCUGCCUGGGCACCCAGCCGCCGCUGCACGGCACCCGGGGCGUCGUCUACCAGAAGUGAGAGCACUGGGCCGUCUGCCUGGGCAGUGGGCACCCAGCCGCCGCUGCACGGCACCCGGGGCGUCGUCUACCAGAAGUGAGAGCACUGGGCCGUCUGCCUGGGCAGUGGGCACCCAGCCGCCGCUGCACGGCACCCGGGGCGUCGUCUACCAGAAGUGAGAGCACUGGGCCGUCUGCCUGGGCAGUGGGCACCCAGCCGCCGCUGCACGGCACCCGGGGCGUCGUCUACCAGAAGUGAGAAACUCGACAGGAGCCGGCUCAGAAUGACAGUUUGAACGCCGCUUGGCCGAUGUUUGACAUGUGUCGAUGUUAAAAGCGUGUUUAAGUUUGUGUUGACGAAUUCUAUUCGUAGCCAGUUAUUGACAUUCGGGAUUUGUGGGAGGGUUCAGCUGUAUUUCAGAGUGUCUAUGCAAUGCCCAACUGAUACUACACCAUGGCACUCAAUCUGGAUUCAGCCGGGCGCAGCUGGACUGCCCCGCCCGGUCCGCCUCCCUCCCCGUCCUCCGCGCCCCACCCACCCCGGGCGCCGCCUCAGCCCGCUCCCGGCGACCACUGUAACGUGUGGCCAACGCUCAGCUACGAAAACCCAAAUACUAAAUAGUCUGUUUUGUGGACACCCUUGUAUUGUAAAUACAAAAUUCCCCAAUAAAA